CAAUCUGAUUGGCUCAGGCAGCUGAAGCUUCAUAACAGUCAUUAACUGUCUUCAUAACGGUCUUGGCUGUUAGAGGAGCAGCAGUGCUGAGGAGCGAUAGGAUUAUUUUCAUUGAUUUUUCAAAGCGAUUUGCAGCAAAUUAUCCCUAUACCUCAUACAUUCACAUAUACCUUACCCCUAAACACAUUCCUGUACUUUCUGACACUUAUUAGCCCACACAGCAUCAUCCCUACACAUUAACACAACAUUCACUCACUCCCCUGCACAUCCAACAGUUUUUCUUGCAGGUUUUUCUCUUCUAGGUUUUCAGUCCUUACAGAUUUGCUACUGAUUGGACAAUGUCUAGCAGGCAAGAGAAGAAAAGGACAUACACCGAGGCUUUGUCACCUGACCUCGAAGUGCCGGUGAAGAAAAGAUGCAUCACGGAGGCUACAGAGAGCCCUGAAUCUACUGCCAGGGAAGACAGGAAAAGGAUGAACACCGAGGCCCUGUCACCCAACCUGGACGUGCCGGCGAUGAAGAGAUGCAUCGAAGAGGCCAGUGAGGGCCCUGAAGAUUCUGGCAGGUCUGAACCAGCUGCAGCCGCCAGCACCGACUUUUACCAACUGCUGGAAAAUCCGCAGAUUGUACACUGCCUGGCAAUAGACUCCUGCAAGAAACUUACUGAUAAGUACCUUCUGGCCAUGGUGAAGGUUUAUUUCCAGCGCGCCAAGCUCCAAGAAGAAGAGUACAACACCUUCAACUUCUUUGCAGCCCUGCUUCUGGCCAAUCAAAUGGAAGAAGAAACAAACUUCCGUGCCGUGAUUUACCCCUGGGGCCUUGGGGAUGAGUUUCCGGUAAAAUGGCAGGAGAUGAGGAGCAAAAAACUGGAGUUGUGGGAGAGGAUGGGCUUCAAAGCCUGGGUGAGCAGAUCAUCCUGUGAGGAGGCAAUGGAAGAUAACCCGACACACUGGGCAUGGAGACGUAAAAGGCACCACAACCAUGGUUUGGUCAUCAGGUUGCACGCAAGACAGAGGGGCUACUACUACUUCAAUGUCCCCGAUAUCAGCCCAGCCAUCUGCUCCCAGUGCGCGUCCAAGCCCCCACUUCCAAAGAAAGUCCGGCCAGACAAGGAGUUGCCAUUCAAGAGGAGGAUGAAGAGAAAGCUCCACCCUCAUCCUUUUCAGUGUAACAUCAGUUUUGUAUUAUAGAGUUUAGGUAACUUAUUGCCAUUUUAAUAUUAUUGCUUAUUAUAUUUUAGUACAGGUAUGGGAUCCAUAAUCUGGAAACCCAUUAUCCAGAAAGCUCAGAGUUACUGGA